GCCUCUAGAGGGAGACGGCGUUCAUUGUCUUUCCAAUCAGGACGGACAUUUCACUCCGCAUCCCACGAAGAAGAGCCGCCCGAGGCUGGGCUUUGAGUUCUGAGCGUCGGAGCUCUGUCACUGUCCUCAGCGGAGAUAAACAAGCCGAACAAACGGCAUAGCUAAAACCGGUUCAUGAAGCUCGGAAACGGAAUAAAUCCUCCACAGAUGAGCUGAAGAUCCAGGUUUUUUGCUCUAAAACGGAGACCAAUGGUUCUGGAUGAUGAAUCAGGGCGUGGUGGACAGUCCGGUGACGCUGGUCAUCAAGGCUCCCAACCAGAAGUAUGACGACCAGAAGAUCAACUGUCAUCCCAACUGGACCGUGGAGAAGCUCAAGGCCCACCUGUCCGAUGUUUACCCCAGCAAACCUAGUUCAAAGGACCAGAGACUGGUGUAUUCUGGGAAAUUGCUUCUGGAUCACUUUACCUUAAAGGAUGUGCUGAGGAAACAGGACGAGUACCACAUGCUCCAUCUGGUGUGCGCCUCCCGGACGCCCCCCAGCUCCCCAAAGCCGGCCCGCAGCCGCAGUAACAAGCCUCAGGAGAGCGCCGCCGCUCCCGCGGUUCCUCAGAACGUUGGUGGUCACAGCAGCCAUGCAGCUGCAGCAGAGAGCGGCGCCGCCGGCGGCUUCAGGCACGGGGAGGCCUUUCCUUACCACCAGAUGUACCCACAGUUCCUGCACAGCUGGAGUGGCUCUUCGCCGUCAGCACUUCCCUCCAACUUCUCCUACAGCCCCAUGACCGUGGUGUGGUGGCAGCAGCUGUACGCCCGCCAGUACUACAUGCACUAUCACUUACUGGCCACCGCCGCCGCCCGGACGGAGCCGUCCUCCACGCCGCCUCACCAGCCCGACCCGCUGAGCCGACGGCCACCAGCGGGUCACCGCGGCAACCCAGAGGUCCAGAUGAACGCCCAGGGGGGGGAGAUCCUGAACGAGGAGGAGCUGAACAGGGAUUGGCUGGACUGGGUGUACACGUUCUCGCGCGCCGCCAUCCUCCUCAGCAUCGUGUACUUCUACUCGUCCUUCAGCCGCUUCGUCAUGGUGAUGAUGGCCAUGCUGGUGCUCUACCUACAUCAGGCCGGCUGGUUUCCUUUCAACCUGGAGAACGAGCUGCAGCUUCCGGGAGAGCGAGCCAAUCAGGACGAGGCGGACGGAGACGCUCCAAACCACGACUUACAGGAAAUGGAAGUGGCGAACGACGAGAACUCUGACGACGAGGACGGCGGCGAGAGCGGCGAGGAAGGAGCGGACGACCCCGACAGCACUCCUCAGGCGGGAUUCCUGUCUUCCACCUGGUCGUUCAUCGUAACCUUCUUCAUGUCGCUCAUCCCGGAGGGCCCGCCCAACGCCGCCAACUGAGGGGGGCGGGGCUUGACCUUCUGUCCGCUCCUCGAACUGAACCACAGAUUCAUCCGUUCACGGAUUUGCUUUUAUGCGCGGAAAGACGAACAUCUGAACGAGGAGGAGACAUGUUUCUGCUCUCACAGAGACGGCCAGUGAUGCUCCGCCAGAAGACAGCCGGUAAAUUUCUGACUCAUCCUCUUUACCGCCUGUUUUUGGAGAAAUAAAUGUCUUUGUCGACUGAAUAUGUGAAACAUUUCCAGAUCUCCUCGUGUGAUUGAGAAUAAAGUAGCACUUACUGUAAACUGACAAAUGUUAGUUUAUCUGAACUUUAUUUUGAAGGAGCUCUUCCGGUUUAUUUUUGUUUGUUUCUCUCAAAAGUAAGAAAUAAGAUUUAAUUAGAAGUUUUUUGUUGUUUUAAAAAACAUCAGAGCUCCUGAAUGAAUGAACAUGACGCCUGUUAACAUGACGUGACCCAAGAAUUAUAUUCAUGUUAUGAAAACUGAA